AAUGUAAACAAACAAGAUGGCUGGCGUGUGAGUCCCCUUCACGGCCCAAGAAGACACACCUUUAUGGGUCUGGCGGCCGCGCGGGACGAUGGUGACGACUGGACUGCAGGACUAUGAGAGAAAAGAGCCCCGAGAAGACGAUGAUUACCGCCAAGAUCAUGAGAUUCCUCCGUAACAAGGUUUUUCUGAGCGUGGUGCUGCUGGUGGGAGUGGUCUACUGUGGCCUCUCCCUAUGGUCCGAGUCGAGUGGGCCGGGGGAGGAGGAGGGGGAGGUCGGAAACCGCGUUGAGUUCCACUGGGGGCCGGACGCUGUGAAUGGGUCCCUGGGGGCUAAGGUGACCACGUGCCGGAACUCAGUGCAGGGCAAGGUGCUGCUGGCGGAUGACCAGGGCUACGUAUGUCACCGUGUCGACCGUCUCAGUACUGGGUGUUGCAACGUGGCGGUGGAGUCGACGCGCCGCUACGCCUGCGACACUUGUAACACCCACGGCUGCUGCGCCAUCUACGAGUACUGCGUCUCCUGCUGCCUCCACCCCGACAAGAAGUCGCUGCUCAAGAAGGUCCUGGGCCAGAUCAGCGAGAACAGUCCUCUCUACGCCUCUGUGUCCGACCACUUUGAGCUGUGCCUGGUUAAGUGUCGCACCUCCAGCCAGUCAGUGCAGCACGAGACCCUCUACAUCGACCCCAGAGCUAAGCAUUGCUAUAGCCAAGGACCGCUGACGGCGAACAGCGAGACCUGAGACCUGGGGGCGAGACUUGGUGCUUCUCUCUUCUUUUAGUUUUUUCUAUUUUUUUUCUAUUUUUUCCUCAUUUUUCCUGCUUUUAAUUUUCCUCUCUUUUUCCUCUCUUCUCCUUUUUCUCCCUCUAACUUUUCAUUUCUUUUCUUCUUUUUAGUCUCCAUUUUCUUCCUCCCUUUUACAUUUCUCAUUUUCUUGUAUUUUGUUUUCCUGUUUUUUCCUCUUCCUAUUAUUUUCCCUCUCUUAGUUUUCCUCUCAGUCUCCUCUUUCAUCUCCCUUAUACAACUCAUUCUUCUUUUCCCCUCCUUACGUUUUUCUCCCCAAGCCCCUUUCAACGAGCCAUUACCUAAGUUCAUUUCCUACCAUUCAGUCUUACUUUUAUAUUUGCAGACCUUCCUAGCACCUUCCUCUGAGAUCAUACGACUCUCAUAAGUUUGUUUACGUCCCGGGAAUCUUGUGAGUUAUUUUUACCCAUUCGGACAUCUCGCUACGCCCUAGAGAAGGUGUUGGCGGGUGUUGUGUUUACCGGCAGCUUAGUGGUGUGUCCUUACGACUGCCGCGUCAGAUGUACAUACGUAUAUACAGGGUGGAAGGCUGUAUAGGGUGUGGCCAGGGGUUGUAUAGGUCAGUAUAGGAUAGUGGGACUUGAGAAACUAAACUAAUACACAUAUAUAUAUAUUUACACAGUUUUCUAGCUUCUGUUUUGGUUCAGUGAGAAUAAGAAGGGUUGAAAGUAAGGGAGUUUUGCUAUGUAUAAAUGCAAAACACAGUAACUUAGGUUAACAGACAUAGUGGAAAACUUAUAUAAAACAGAGUGAUGAGAUUAUUCAGUCUAUGAAGGGAAAUUGCCAAUGAUUUAAAGGGUUGAAAGUAAGGGAGUUUUGACACGUAUAAACACAAAGUAAAGUAAUGUAGGUUGAUAGGAUAUAGUGGAAGCCUUAUAUAAACAGUGUGAUGAGAUUACUCACAAUCUAUAAAGGGAUGUUGCCAAUGAUUUAAAGGGUUGAAAGAAAGGGAGUUUUGACACGUAUAAACACAAAGCAAAGUAAUGUAGGUUGAUAGGAUAUAGUGGAAACCUUAUAUAAACAGUGUGAUGAGAUUAUUCAGUCUUCGAAGGGAUGUUGCCAAUAAUAUAUGGGUUGAAAUGGGUGCCAGUUUUGAUAUGUAUAAAUGCAAAAAAAACAGUAAUAAAGUUUGACGGACAGUGGAAACCUGCUAUUGACGAAAUGAUAAGAAUAUUCAGUCAAGCUAAUCAAUGUUACCAAAUUAAAAAAGGGUUGGAAAAGUGCAUCAAUUACCAACAAAAAAAAAUCAUCCCCCCAAAAAUCAAUCUCGUACUAAAGUCAAUCCUUACCAAUUUUCUUAGUCCUGCCCUACCCUAUACCCUGGCCACACCCUGCCCUAGUGUGUCAGAGAAGGGCUUUCAAGUGUGUAGGGAGAAGGGGUGUAGGGGGAAGGGGGGGUAGGUUAGGUUAGGGUGUGGGUAGCAUCGCACAACGUCAGAUACACACCCAGUUAAUCUGUCUGUCUCAGUGUGUAUAGGAGCGAUAUUUAUAUUUUCUACAGUGUGUGUGUGUGUGUGUGUGUGUGUGUGUGUGUGUGUGUGUUUUCUCUGCUCCUGUUUAUAAGAGGAGGAGGAAGACAUAAAUAAAUAGUUAUAGAAGGAGAAAUAAAAAGAAGAAUAGGAGGAGGAAAAAAUGUGUUUUCUUUUUUGUGUGUGUGUGCAUCCGUGUGUGUGUGUUGGCCUAAUUGUGAGUAUCGAUAGGCCUAAACCUCAUUUAUUCCCUAUGUUGUCUUCCUCUUCCUCCUCCCUCACUCUCAUUUCCCUUCCAGUGUGAAUUUCAAAAGUGCAAUUCAUAAUCAUGUUUUAUAUAAUUUUUAAGGUUAGUUUUUAUGCAGCGAGACCCCAAACAUUAUUAUAUCUGUUAGUAUAUUUAGCAUUUUGAUUAACACCGUAUUAUUUAAC